AAACGGACGGGAAUUAGAUCCAGGCGCCGAUCACAAGCGCCCGAUCACAAGCGCCCGCAUCUUAUGGAACCGGAGAGAGAGCAAGUCGGCAAAACCUAGCUACCAUCUCAGCAGCCCCCGCCGCAUAGCCCCCCUCCCCUCUCCACCACCCCGCCGCCGGUUUGUCCCAACCUCAUAUAGAUCUAGCGGAAAGGCUUGUUGAUCACCAAAUUCAGAGACGAGGAUGAAGAGGCAGUUUGUAAAUCUUGUGACGCGGAACUGGACGGAAGGCUUCUAUUCUGUGCGCCGCAUCGAUCCUUACCGUAAUUUCUUCUACGGUUCAGCAGAAGCAGCAGCCGUUGAAGUAGCCAAGAAGAAGGAAUCUUUCCCAGCGACGCAGAUGCAGGAGCUGCCGACCCCAAGCAUCAACUUCGAGUCGUUUCCAGCGAUGCAGAUCCAGGAGCUGCCGACCCCAAGCAUCAACAUCGCUGCAAUAGAUGUUCCUGGAUCCACCCUCGAUAUGUUCGGGCUCUUCACCCCCCGCGCCACCAGCGAAGGCAGAAUGGUGUAUGUCAAUACGAUGGGCGAUGCGGGGCUGUAUGACGCCGACAAUCGUAUCCACACCUGCCUAGGCCGCCUCAACAAGCCCAAGGGACACAGACCCAUGUGCCUGUCCGUGGCGCACCCUGACGCCGACGAAGAAGACAGAAUGUAUGUCCUGGAUUCGAACCCCAGGAAGGGCGCCCAACAAUGCUUUGAGGUCCUUCAGCGCACGCCCAGAAAAUGGAGGAACAACUUGUUGCCGCAAUGGCAUUGGCGACUUCUAUCGCCGCCUCCCUUUGUCCACCAACCUGGGUACCAACCAUCCUUUAUUACCUCCUUCACCACCAUGGUCGAUGGCGACGGUGUCUCCACAAUCUACAUAUCAGGCGAUGGCGGCAUCGGCACCUACAGCUUCGAGACACCGCGCGACCAGUAUAGUGAGCCUCGAGGAUGGAGUCACGUCGGGGAAUGGAUGCUGCCCUUUCGUGGUAGAGCUCAGUACGUCCCUGAGUUCAAUCUGUGGUUUGGCUUCUCAGCCUUAAACCCCAACCACCUGUGUGCUACGGACCUCUCUGCCAUGUACAAUGGACAGCAGCCCACUGCGCCCAAAGUAUGGGAAGAUCUGAACCUGCCUGAGGGAGAGGCGUGGCUUCCAAAACAGCUCGAGCUUCUCCCCCUGGGUGGCGGCAAGUUUCUCAUUGCUAAGACCUUUGCAGCAGGACUGUUAGGUGGGUACUUUUCUCUGCUCACCGGCAUAGAGAUGAUCCCUAGCGACGGUGGUGACCGACAGGCCCUUCAGAUGGUCAAGCACAAGUGUGCACGUCUUGUCUUCAUGGAUGAGGUGCUUGAGUGGGUGCUCUGAAUGGAUAAUUUUACAUCGGUGUUGACCUAGACACUUCACCUUUUAUCUGUCAUUUGUCAUGCAGCCAGCUAUUUCCUUCCUUUUAGAUCUUUUUGCAUCAUUAAGGAUUUGUGUGCUUGGAGGGAUUCUCCCUCGUUCUUGUAUCUUUACUCUUCUAUGUAAAGACAACAUUUUACUAUCAUGUUCAACAAUUCUGGAUGCUUAUUUUUAGUUUUUAA